AUGUCAUCACACACCUACCAGCCUUUCCCAAUUCCUUUCUUCAAAUCUCGCUUAACACCGGAACAACAAAUCAUCCACCUCCCCACCAACCAACCCUAUAAAUACUUCACCACCCCCUACACCCUUUUAGAAUCUUUUUUUUCUUUUUUUUCUUCGUGCGGCGACGCAACUAUUUUCACCCGUGUUGCCUGGACAUCAGUUUCCCCGUGA